AUGGCUUCCGACACAGCACUUCUGACCCUGAAUUAUAAGAGCGGCCACGACAAGCCCGAUACCAUCUAUGAUGCCCAGAACUUCAUCAACAACGAACUCGUAUCGUCCAAAACCACUUCCUGGAUCGAGGUCCAUGACCCUGCAACAAACCAUCUCGUCUCUCGAGUCCCCGAAGCAACCCCCGACGAGUGCAAAGCCGCAGUGAUCGCAGCCCAAAAUGCCUUCCCCGCAUGGCGAGAUACCAGCAUCAUGAAGCGACAAGAGAUGAUCUUCAAGUUGACCCACCUGGUCCGCGAGAAUAUGGAUAACCUAGCACUUUCAAUUGUUACAGAACAAGGCAAGACCUUGGCCGACGCGAAAGGUGACGUUUUGCGCGGAUUGCAGGUGUGCGAGACUGCCUGCGGCAUUACCACGCAGCUUCCCGGCGAGGUCCUCGAGGUGGCCAAAGAUAUGGAGACUCGCUCCUAUCGUCUACCCCUGGGCGUCGUUGCGGCUAUCUGUCCCUUCAAUUUCCCCGCCAUGAUCCCACUAUGGAGUCUCCCUAUCGCCAUCGUCACUGGCAACUGCAUGAUCCUAAAACCAACCGAGCGUGCACCUGGAGCCACAAUGAUCAUCGCCGAGCUCUGCAAGAAAGCCGGUUUCCCACCGGGUGUGGUGAAUGUCAUUCACGGGUCUAAGCCCGCUGUGGACUUCAUCUUGGACGCACCAGAAAUCAAAGCUAUCUCCUUCGUCGGCUCAAAUAAGGUUGGCGAAUAUAUCUAUGACCGCGGCACCGCGAAUGGAAAGCGUGUCCAGGCCAAUCUGGGAGCCAAGAACCACGCAGCCCUUCUCCCAGAUAGCAACAAGAAGCACGCUUUAGGUGCCAUUGCCGGUGCUGCCUUUGGUGCGGCUGGUCAGCGUUGCAUGGCGCUGAGUGUUUUGGUGACGGUUGGUUCGGCUCGUGAAUGGAUCCCCGAGUUGGUUGAGAAUGCCAAGGGAUACCAGGCUGGCAGCGGUUUCAACGCGCGCUCUGAUCUCGGUCCAUUGAUUACUCCCCAAAGCCGUGACCGCUGCAUCGAUCUCAUCACCAGUGCAGAGAAGGAGGGCGCUACCAUUGCCCUAGAUGGUCGGGACUUCAAGCCCGAGGGCUUCCCUAAUGGAAACUGGGUCGGCCCAACCGUUAUCACCGGCGUAAAACCCACAAUGAAAUGCUAUAGGGAAGAAAUCUUCGGUCCUGUACUGCUCUGCAUCGAGGCCGAUACAAUCAACAGCGCAAUCGACCUGAUAAACAGCAACGAAUGGGGCAAUGGCGCAGUCAUCUUCACCCAGUCAGGUUCUAGCGCGACACACUUCCAAAAGCGAGUCGAGGCCGGACAGGUUGGAAUUAACGUUCCCAUUCCCGUCCCUCUUCCGAUGUUCUCUUUUACUGGCAGUAAGCGCAGCGUCGCAGGAACUGGUCUGCUGAACUUCUAUGGCAAGGACGGCCUCCGUUUCUAUACGCAGUGGAAAACUGUUACAUCGCUUUGGAGGACGGAAGAUGCGACUGAGCUUGAGAAACCCACAUCCAUGGUCUGA